GGAUCCUCGAGGCUGGCACGAAGCCACUGCAGCUAAAAGCGCCAAAAAGAGAGACAGAACGAGCAAGCAGGAACUCCUUCGUAGGAAACGGCUAAAUAGCGGAUGGAACACUGACUUUGGAAAAACCACCGGUACCCUAAAGAUCCAGUUUUUGGCGCACAAUUUCAAUUCUUGCCUCUCAAAACUCCAUUAUCACAGACGAAGAGGCAGCAGAAGAGCUACACUGUGUUACUACUAGUAUGCCGAAAAAGCAAACGAAUAUCAAAAACUACUUUGGCGCAGCCUCUGGCGGCAAUCUGAGCAAGACGAAUCCCCAGAAAACGUUGGAUUCCUUCUUUCCCAAGGGCGCUGCUAUGAAUACAGCCGCUACCGGUAGCACUCCAGCAAACAAACGUAAGAAGAACGACCAUUCAAAAGAGACUCGCAAAAAGACUACCAAAAAGGACGACUGGAAGAUUACUGUUCAGAAUGAUCAUGAUGAAGAAGAGCUGCAAACCCAGGUGGAAUACUAUCUUUCCAACGCCAACUUGAGGAAAGACAAAUUCUAUAGGAGCAAAAUCAUUAGCAGCCCACAUGGCAAUGGUUGGUUUGACCUAAAAUACAUUUUGUCGGCUCCUCGCAUCCAAUCCAUGAACGUCACUACAGCUAGGCAGGUGGUGGAGGCAUUGAAGUCGUCCGAAGAAGUUGAAACAAUGGAAGAUGCAGAGGAAGAAGGCACGUUUUUGAUUCGGCGAAAAAACAACAAGAAGUUGCCAACUUUCCGAAGCCAAAGCGACUAUCAGAGGCGACGUCGAUACGACAGCUUCAGUGACUACGGAUUUGAUGAAGGGAGCCAUGGAUUUUCCGGGUACCAUUGUGACAGACUUCUUGAAUGUGGUGUCAAGCCUUGGGACGAUGAUGCUGGCUAUGUAUUGGGAGCUCUCUACGACUACUAACUACUGUAUGAUAGCUGGCGGGGAGAAGAAAUUUUGGUGCCGGUGCCGGUGACGACUCCUGAAUGAUAAAACAAGCUGCUCCUGCCUCGUCGACCAUUACAUGCAUAGAAUAAAACAAUGACGAAGUUCUGUGUUGAUUUGCUG